GCGCAGACCGUCGGGCGAUACGAGCGAUACACCGCGGUCGGUUAUUAUUGGGUUUACACGCGAACUCGCCAACACACACACGCACGACUACGCGCGAACGUAUUGCACACGCUCUGCGUCGAUCAUCACUGCUCACCCGUCACGUGGUCGGAAAAACGACGGAAAUCCACACCUAUUGUACACCCACAAUAAUACACUAUUAUAUUAUCUAUAUUUCCGCGAUAAUAAACAUAAACUGUAAUCUACGAACAAUAAUAUUUUGUUUAAUAAUAUAAUAUCGGCAUUGCGAUGUUGCCGCUCGUCCAGAAAUCUACGAUAAUGGGUUACGGAUAACACAUACAGUGAUAUAUAGUUAUUGUUAUACCGACACGACGAGUUUUGAAAAAAAACUGCAUAUAAAUACCUUGUUUAAAAAUCGCACGUGUUCCCGUCCGGAUCGCGGCCUAUUACACAGGUUCCUGCCUGCGGUUGCACGCUCUACGCCCACGCCGUUAACCGUAUAGAAUAACGCGUCGUCGCGUGCGACUGCAUUGCCGCAAAUGGUAUGAUGACCAUGAUGUAUGGAUCGGAGAAAAUGAUGGCCGGCAAACCGCCGUUGCCCAUCACAGCCACCGGACCGUGUUUUCCCGGCCGUUAUUCGCCGACGUACCGGAAUUCCGCGGACCCGAUGCGCAGAUGUAUGGCCAACCCGUCGGGUGACUUAUUUGGUGGUCUCAAUGACGGUCUACUCAGUAGAGCUGAAGUGCUUGCCGCUGUGGAUAUGGGAAAACACCACCAUCAUCACAAUCAUCAAUCACCGGGACCUGGUAAUGGCAACGGUGGAGGCCAAGGCAAUGGAUCAUUGGGGCCUGGAUCCACUGGAUCACCUGGACCGCUCUCUCAGCUCAAGCACGACGUUAUGUCGUCAUACCACCACCAUCAUGGAAUGUCCGGUGGACACUCAGGUAGCCAAUCCAACCACCGAGGUCACCAGAUGCACCCCGGUAUGGAGGGCCUCGACCUCCUGGAACCAAUAUCGUCGUCAACCAUGACCACUCUGACGCCGAUGUCGGACGGGUCUGGCCACGGUCCGCUCCAUCCUGGCGUCUACGGCGCGGGCAUGAUGACCGGCCACCAUCACCACCACUCACACUCGGGCGCCGGCCCGAACGGCCACCCGCAUCACCACCAUCACCACCAUCAUCAUCAUGCGGCGGCGGCGGCUGCUGCGGCGGCCGCGGCGGCUGGCAUGAUCGGCGCGGGCGGUGGUGCGGGCCUCCAGCACCCCGACACCGACACGGAUCCCCGCGAGCUAGAGGCGUUCGCCGAACGGUUCAAGCAGCGGCGGAUCAAGCUGGGCGUGACGCAGGCCGACGUCGGCAAGGCGCUGGCCAACCUCAAGCUACCGGGCGUCGGCGCCCUGUCCCAGAGCACCAUAUGCCGAUUCGAGUCGCUGACGCUGUCGCACAACAACAUGAUCGCGCUCAAGCCCAUCCUGCAGGCCUGGCUGGAAGAGGCGGAAGCGCAGGCCAAGAACAAGCGCCGCGAUCCGGACGCGCCGAGCGUGCUUCCGGCCGGCGAGAAGAAGCGAAAGCGCACGUCGAUCGCGGCGCCCGAGAAACGUUCGCUGGAAGCGUACUUCGCCGUGCAGCCGCGGCCGUCGGGCGAGAAGAUCGCGGCCAUAGCGGAAAAGCUCGACCUGAAAAAGAACGUGGUCAGAGUGUGGUUCUGCAACCAGAGGCAAAAGCAAAAGCGCAUGAAGUUUGCGGCCCAACACUGAUGACGGGAUCCCGCGCUGCCGCUGCCAUCCGUCACCACACUUGAAUCCCUUCCUAAGACACGUGCUCAUUUUAGUCGCAUUAACCGGAAAUAAUCAUUUCUAUAUAAAAAAAAAAAAAAUAAUAAUAUACGUUAUUAUUAUUAUUAUUAUUAUUAUUAUUAAUAACGUAUAUUAUUAAUAAUAAUAACAUAAAUUUAUUAUCGUCUAUAUAAAACAAUAGUUGUGUAUAUAAUUAAGAUAUAUAUUUAUGAUUUCGACGACCAAUUUGUCAGACAUCACGGGGUGACAUAUCGAUUUGGGCGAAUCACCCAAGUAGAUCCGAGUAGAUCAUACACAUCAUUUAGCGAAUUUAUUUUUAUCUCUAUUGUACAUACCUGUUUAAAGUCAAGUAGGUAUUACUUUUUGAGAUAAACAAUAUUUUGAUUUAUAAGCUGAGAAAUUAUAUGAUGAUAAUGACGUGUUCAGCUCAUCUUAGAUUGUUACGUUAAUUCCAAAAAUGGGAAAGAAAGCGUACUGAACAUACUAGGUGCCAUAUAAAUUUUGCCCAAACGAUAUGGGGAUUUUUAGGUCAUUUUCCUUAAAUGAAAACUGCCCUAAACACAUGCAUCUCUCUGUCUCUUUCUGUCUUUCUGUAAAAGCUUCAGACGGUUUUGGUUCAACUUUCUCUCUCUCUCUCUUUAUGUUGUGCGUUUUGUUUUAUAAAACGCCCACGGUAGUUCCAUAUUAAUCAUAUAUAAAUAUAAUUAUUAUAUGUUAGGAAAUCUAAUGUACAAAUUUGUAUCUGCUUCUCGUGUACGAUAUAAGUGCCACUUAUUAUAAUAUAUGUUCCUAAAAACACAAUAAUCCAUACAAGUGUGAUCAUGCGACUUAUAGUUGAUAUAUGUUGGUAUUUAUGAUAAAUUUAAAACCAAAGUCUCUGUUUCGGAUGCAUACACGCACGUAUUUUUUAAUCAGCGUUAUUUUCUAAAAAUUUAAUAUUUAACGCAUAUAUAAAUAGGUACCUCUCCAGUCAAGUAUCUUGUUCCGUGGCAAACAAUUGUAUAGUUUAAAUCAGAUCAGCAACAAACAAUUACAUUUAAAGCCAAUAAAUAUAUGUAACUGCUUACUCGUAUAGGCAGAUACAAAGAGACAUAUUAUAAGUAGUACGUACUACUACAUAAUAAAUUUACAACACAUUUUAAUUACAUUGAUAUUUUAGAUCUAAAAUAUUACACGAUACGAUGUUUAUUGAAACA